AUGUUAUUAGCCAAGCACUGUGAAACCAGAAUGCCGUUAACCGAUACCACCAACAAGCGAGGACUGUCUGUAAGUGGAACUGACUUAUUGCCUGGAAGAGUGGUGACACUUAUACCAUCAGAUGACCCAGAGGAGAAAGUCUGGGGUGUAUCUUAUGAAAUUGGGGAAUCAGAUCUCAAGCAGGUUUUGGCCCAUCUAGAUCACCGUGAAAAGGAUGGUUACCAGCGCACACCGGUUAUGUUCUACCCUCAAGACCCUUCUGUAUCUCCAUGGGAACUUAUAAUUUAUCUAGGUUUGGAAAACAAUCCAUUUUAUGCAGGACCAACAGAUGAGGACACUGUAGCUGAAAUCAUUGCUUCUGCAUCAGGGCCAAGUGGAUCCAAUUCAGAAUAUCUUUUUCAGUUAGCAGAAACUAUGAAAAAUAUGGGUAUAUGUGAUCCUCAUCUCACAAGUAUUGAACAUAGAGUAAGAAGCAUCUUAGGCCUCGUCAGCAUGUGCCCAGGCAUUCAGGGAUUUCUGUGCUCCAGGCUUUUGGCUGCCACCAUUACAGAUCCCCAUACUACAUGCAGUAGGUGCCAAUCUAAUUUUUGUACCGUCAGUAAUCCUGGCCUUGAAUGUCGUUCCUGGCCUGUGUUGCAGUGAAGGGCAUUUUACAAGAAGAGGGAGCAUAGUAGAGUUUCUACUUGUCCCUCUUGGGAAGUUUUUGCUUCCUCAUUUGGACGGUUCAGCAUCCCCUUCUUCCUGAAGUGUUCCCUCUGUGUCGGUUGUACCACGGUCUCCUUCCUUUUCUUCCCUCAAUUCAUCAUUGGAAGUAUUGAGAUUUGCACAGGAUGAGAUUAUGUUUAAUGCAGUCUCCUCUCCUGUGGACAUGCAAUGAACCACAAACAUGGAUGUCGGAUGAGUAUAAGGACGAGUGAAGACACACGUAAACGAUUGUCUGAUGUAGAAUGAUCUAUGAGUGAACAUAAGGGAGAAGACCACCCUUACCUAGAUGUCUCUCAACCCUUCACUCUGGAAGAAACCUGACUUUGGAAGAUGAACGGUGAGAAUAGGACCUUCAUCACUUACACUACUGUGCGACGAAACAUGUACAUGGCUAUGAUAAGUAGAACGUUCCAAGUGGGAACGUCAUGGAGAAGAUCACUGCCUAAAAGUCAAUCAACCACGUACAUGACCUUGAUCACCUUUGCCUGCCCCACAUCGGAGCUGCCUCAUCAUGCGACAAACUUUAACCGAAGAAUCACCCUGGAACAUGUUCAUGUACUAGAAGGGAAGAGACACAUCCAUGCUGGGAAGAUUUGAGAUACUAGGCUAACACUUCCAUGAUCGCGAACACGUACGUGUAAGGGAGACACGGUUGUGUAGGAAAGCUGCGAAGCACUCUCUAUCACUUGCAACACCUCCAUCAUCACAGCGGCCUCAGUGGCGUGGUUCGUAUGGUCUUUGCCUAUCACCUCGGUGGCCGCGAGUUCAAUUCUCGGCCAUUCCACUAAGGGGUUAGAGAUGUGUAUUCCUAGUGAUAGAAGUUCGCUCUCUAAGUGGUUCGGAAGUCACGUAAAGCCAUUGGUCCUGUUGCUGAAUAACCACUGGUUCCAUGCAACAUAAAAACACCAUACAAACAAACAAACCACCAUGGUCACGAACACGCAUGUGUAGAGAAAAUGGCAAACCCUCCUUUGUCUCCUAUCAUCACGAACACGUAUGUGCAAGGGGGAGACAUGGCCGUGUAUAGAAAUUGGCAAAUCACUCUUCCCACCAGCAUGUACACAUAUGUAUAAAUGACACACAUGACUGUCUAGAGAAGUCGGCAAAUCACUCUUCUCCCCACCAGCACGUACACGUACGUAUAAGGGAGAGGUGUGGCCGUGUAGAGAAGUCGGCGAGUCACUCCUCUCACCUGCACAUACACAUACGUGUAAGGGGAGACACAGCUUUGUCGAGAAGACUCGCAGAAAAUGACGCUAAAAAGUCCAUAAUCCUCUGUUUGACUCAAGGGCGAGGAGAAGACAGAGAUGAAGCAGGAAGAGAUGUUGAAGGGAGCUUCCCUCUACGAUGUCUCUUGCUAGAAGGGGAAGGGGAAGAAUCACUCCUUCUACGACUUAUCUUGCCAGAGAGAGCAAAAUACUUCUCUCGAAAAAGAGUCCAGCCUCUCAAACAUAGCUUGAAACAACAUCUCCGAUGGCUACGUGUGAGGAAGAGAAGACAUCAUAGGUGAAUGAGAUGACGUCACAGCAAUGUAAGAAAGAGACAUCAACAAGCUGGUACAAUUUUUUUCACAUGACAAAAGCGUACAAAGUCAUAUGUCAUAGGGAGACCAUAUCCACACAUUAGAAAAGCAGUCUGUAAUGUUGGUAUCCCUGCAUGAUGCCGCAGUAAUGUCAGCGAGCAAGAAGGAGCUCCGAUGUCAGCAAGUAACAUAACGUCGACAGCACUGUCCAAAUUCUCUCUCUGCAUAGCACCAACAAGCAUACUAAAAUUAGUGAAGUGGCAUCUCUGUCAGAGGGAAGCAAAGCAGAGGUGCUAUCAAGUUCUGAGCGGAACGCUGCCACUGCCAGACUUCCAAAAGCAGGGCUGACAACUGGACAACUGAAGACCCUGUAAGAAACAAAUAACACGCUCUCUCCCUCAGGAAAGAAUAUUUCUACCCUAUGAGAGCAAAAAGAAUCAUAUUAUCUGUAAGGAUAAAGGGAAGGAAGGGAGAGAGCCGUACGGCCCAUGGCCUUUCCCCCACCAACAUGAGAGAAAAUUCAUUGGCACCUGUGACUGGUCCUGCAAGCAGAUGGGAAGAACACAAUCAUACACCACUAAAAAUUAUUGUUUUAGUAGUAUAGAAAUAUAGUGCAACUAUGCUAUCAUUUUGUUAUCACCUCAGGUUUGUUAGCUAUUAAAAAUACAAAUUUAUUAAAAAUUUGUCAUAUUUGUACUUUAACCUAAUUAAAAAUUCAUUUAUGAAACAUUUUAUCAAAAUUAGGGAUAAUCUUAUUUUCUGUCAACACAAAUUACUGAGGAAAAAUGAUAAAAAAUAUUACAUUUAACAGUUGUAUUGGCUACAAUGACAUUUGAAUUUGAUACUGCUUUAAAAGUUCCCUUUAAUAUAUUAAUACAUUAACUAAUGCUUAAUAUAUUAACUAAUGCAAUAAUCACAAACAACUGAGUCACUAUAAUGUACUCUAUCUAGCAGUAUAAAUGCUUCUAAAUUUUCAACUACACAAAGAUUUACAAAGAAAAAUAAUAUACUAAUGUCUUACAAUUAAAAAGUAUUACUCAAAAGUAGACCACAUGAAGGUUUCUAACACAAGUUUUUUUUGUAAAAGUCAGAUCAAAGGCAUUAUAAAUCAUCUUCAGUAUUCAGGAAUUAUAAUGGCAAAGCAUGAAGUACUUAUGUCGCUAUUUAUAUUUGAAAAGGCAACAGUAUAGUUUAUCUGCUUUUAUUUCUGGUAGAGCUUAAGAAAUCACUAUAAAAAUAAUGUGCGUCUUAAAGUGCUAUGUUGACAUUUUAAAGAACACAGACGUUUGAUAAAACUUCACAACACUAAGUACUUGAGACAAGAAGUUGUGUUGAAUGAAAAUUUUCAGCAAAUUAUAAACAAAAUUACAAAUAUAUUUAUACAAGAUCUGUUUUCUGCUGUACUACUUUGCCACAGGCCCAACAACAAACAUUUCAAACUCAUUGGAAACAUAUCCCUUGAGUUGAGCAGAAUAUAUAUUAGCUUACUAAAUAGCCCUGGACUGUACAGUAGUUUCUGCUCAUUUUUCCAUAUCAUAAAAUUUUACAAUAUUAACCUACACUUGUUGGAAGAGAUUUAUAUAGCAUGCUACUUCAUGGAGGUAAUCAUAAAGUUAACUAAUCUAUCAGAACUGUCUCUAAACUACAAAUUUGUGGUCCAAGUUUUGAUUUCCUUUGACAAAAUGCUAUGAUGUAGCACCAUCCCUUACAGUCUCAUAAUGGAAGAAAACAAAGAUAUAUAUCACAGCUCACAAUCUCCUUUAUUGUAAAGGAGGGAACCCCAGGAAGAUUCUAAACUUUCAACAUAUGGCACUGGUAUUCUGGCCAUAUAUCCUGCUCUUCCAUCUACUACCAUUAUAUUGCUCACUAGAACAUGAGCUAGAAUUACAGUCAUAUUACAAUCCUGAGUGCAUAUAAAUCAAAGUUUGAACUUAUAAGGCAAAUAUGUUGGAAUGCUAGUCACUUUAAGCAGAACAGAGGUCUUAUGAAUUAUCAGCACUGUCCGUUACAUAACAUUGUGAGAAAAAGAUCUUACAUCUCUGGUAUAAGUGAUUUUAGUACAGACUGAAUGGUAUCUAAUGUUAAACUGACACUUUCUAAACAUUAUCCUUAUUAGUGUUCAAAUUCACCACCUUUGGAUCAAAGAUACCAAAGGACUCAUAAAUGCUUUGAAAUCUUUCUGUGUUUUUUUACACUACCACUGCAAAAAGAACUGGGAUUAAAAGGUACUACUGCAGAAAUUCCAGAAAAUACAUAAUUGUUAUAGCCCCUACAACACACUGAGUUGUCUCUCGAGUGAUAUGAAAACUUCAUUGCCUAAGUUUAAACCUUUCAUAAAUGCCACAUCAGAAGAUACAAACAGCAAAGUGAAUUACAGAAAAUACAAAAGUGAAAUGGUAGCAUUGGAAUUACACAACAGUAACCUCUACCUGCAUUUGAAAAAUUCCAUUGUAACAAUGCUAUUUUUUCUUUCAACUUGAUAGUUCUUGUACAGAAUCUUGCUCAAGGCUUACUUUACAAAUUUCCAUUACCAAAGUAUACAAAGACAGGAUUAUUUGAAGAGAAAAAAGUUAAUUUAUAGCUGUCUGAUACCUUACAAAUACUAAGCACUCAAUCAACUACUGAUCUUGAGACAACUAUAAGUGACUUGAAAAGAUGACUGGGGCAUUACAAUCCCCUUGUCCCUUAAAGGAAGAUCAUGGAUUUAUUAUUUUCAAAUUAUAAUUGUGAAACACUUUAAUAAUUUGGCCAUGUGUUUUAAGGGUGUCUAGUUACUGUAUACCUGUCAACCAAGAAAUGCCUUGGAAAAAAUUUUGUUUAGAGUAUAUAAAGAAAAUAAAAAAUACAAAAUGUUUAAAAUUUUAUAAUUUGCUGACACUACUGAAGUAAGAAAAAAUGUAUCGACCAUCAAAAAGCCAAAAUAUGCUUCAAAGAAUGGUAUAAGGAACUAAUGAUUGAAAAUUAAAAUAUUCACUCACAUGUGUGUUAACAAAACUAUAAAUGGAAAACUUGUAGGUAAUUUAAAAGGGUGAAGCCAAGUUUACAGAAAACAAAAUAUUUAGCAAUAACCAAAGGAGCUAGCUUUAUUAUGUACUGAAACUACUUAAAAAAGCAAGAGAUUGUGGUAUCAGUACAUACUGUACAUUGUAUAUUAUUCAAAAUGAAGACCUUUCUUGUAUGUUUAUAUAAAUCAAAAUGACUUCUCUUGUAUGUUAAGUUCAUUUCUACAGCUAUCAGUUACCAACACCACUACAUAUAUGACAGAACAGAUUAAAAACAAAGUUGUAGGAAGAGUUUAGUGACAGAAUCAGACUUGAAAAAGGACUUUGAAUAUUCACUAUACUCUGGGUUUUUUUUUUUUCAUCUGUCCAUCCGCCUGUGGUGUUUGCGCAUGGUAACACUGCGUCCCGGGCUUUAAAUAAUAUCCUGUUUCGAAUAUUAACGGUGUAAUUCGCAUACAGUAAAUUAUUAAAACACUUUUCAGUUGCAAAUGUACUCCCAGAUAUCCUUUUAUUUACCUAAAACUUACACAUAGCGUAACUAUUUAAAGCCCGGGACGCAGUGUUACCAUGCGAAAACACCACAGGUGGAUGGACAGAAAGGAAAAAAACAGAGUAUAGUUGUUCCUAUUAUUCUUGAAUACCCAUUCAUAAUUAGUGAUAAAUGGAAUUUCUAUUCUUACAUAAUGGACAUGCUAAGUGACAUCCGAAUGUGUACUAUUUUUAUUACUGAAAUAUGAACAAAUACUAAAAUGUAAAAAGUAAAUUUUAAUAUUACUACAGAAACAAUAUUUAGUGCUUCUGUUAGAUAAGAUACAGCAAUGUUUUCUUAAACUAAUAUGUAACUAAAUAUGCUAUCUAAGCUGUUAGAACUUCUUUAGCUUCAUUUUGCAUCACUCAAAAUUAUACACAACCUCUAUACUGUAAUAACUUAAAUUCUUGCUUAAAUAGCUUCAAUUGAUCAUUACCAAAUGUAAAAUCUAAAAAAAAAAAAAAAAAAUUCUUAGGAAAGGAUACAAAACUGAUGAAGUGAAUACGUACGUAUAUGGGAUUCCUUACAUGUGCAACGUACUUUGCCAGAAAUUUUUAAAAUCUUAUAAUUUGCUGUGUACACAACUAGGUAAUUCAAAGAUGGCAGGGGUCCACGAGUAGCAGAAGAAAAGAAAGAAGAGGCAUGGAACUUCCUUUCCAAUUUGCGAUUAAGUUAUUUAGGGAAACCAAGCAUGCGAUAUCAUUUAAUACAGUAUUUUAGAAAAAUUAAAUGUAAAAUAAUUAAAUCAACUUUAUCCAGAAAGGUGGCAAUUAAAAGAAGUUUCCUUAAUAUAAAUACUAGCAUCAGUGCCCCUGAAGCAUUUGAGAACUAUUGGGAGUUACAUGAAUGUUCGAGUAAAAUACUAACAUAUGACCAUAAAUUUUACGAACACAAAACAUUAACUAAGUACAGUUUUACAUUUCCAGAUCUUUAUUAAGGGAGAAAUACUUCAUUUGCAAUUAGCUAAAUUUAUCAUGUAGGUAACAACCUGUAAUAGUACACCAGUCCAACCGAAGUAACUAAAAUACUACAGCAUCUUAAAACCAUCACUACAGGAUAUAAAGAAUAACAAUAUUCUAGCACAGGCAAAAUUUAAUAAGAUCCUUCCUGCAUAGUUUUUGUAUUUUAUACCUGUUUAAAAUACAAUUUCUUAAGUGUUCUGUAUUUUCAAGCAAAUACACAAAGAAAACCUACUUAAGAUUGGACUUUUUGUUUACCAAACCUAUCAUAAUUGUACAUACAUGAUAAUAAAUGAAAAAGCUUGAGAUAAAGAAAUAAAGCUUAGAGAAUAAAAAAUUUUAAGGUGGGAUGAAGGAUAAAG